AUGGAUGUGGUGGUGGAGAACGAGGAUGGGCGGAGAAAAGAAAGAGGGAGCUUGUCUGCGCUUGAUGCCGACGCAGCCAAACAUGGCGAUCUUGCGCUUGCAAUCAUUGGAGACGGGCGAGUCAGCCUGACCGAGGAAGAUAACAGACGCAUCCGACGCAAGACGGACAAAGUCAUCCUCACAAUCCUGGUCUGGGCAUACUUCCUCCAGAUCCUCGACAAGUCAGUGCUCGGGUACGGUGCGACGUUUGGUCUCAAAGAAUCGACGGGUCUCGUAGGCAACCAGUACUCCAUGGUGGGCUCCAUCGCCCCUAUCGCCCAACUGGCAUGGCAGCCUUUCUCGUCGUAUCUCAUCGUGAGAGUGCCUCAUCGCAUUCUCAUGCCAUCUCUGGUGUUCGGAUGGGGAGUUGCCCAGACGUGUAUGGCUGCUUGUCACAACUACGGUGGACUGCUGGCAGCACGUUUCUUCUUGGGGCUCUUCGAGGGUGGUUGUCUGCCUCUUUUCAGCAUUAUCACCUCCCAAUGGUUUCGCCGAGCGGAACAGCCGCUUCGGGUCGCUGCGUGGUACAGCACGAACGGCCUCGCCACGAUCGCGGCCAGUCUCCUCUCUUUUGCUCUCGGACACAUCCAUUCCUCCGUCCUGGAGUCAUGGCAGAUCAUCUUCUUGUUUGUUGGACUGGUCACCGUCAUCACGGCCCCAUUCCUGUACUGGUUUCUCGACAACGACAUCCCCUCCGCUCGCUUUCUCUCCGACGAAGACAAGCCAAAGGCCAUUGAACGACUUCGAGCCAACCAGACCGGUACUGGAUCGCGUGAGUUCAAGUGGUCUCAUGUGCUUGAGCUGGCUCUGGAUACCAAGACAUACCUCUGGGUCAGCUUAUCCCUGCUUCUCAACGUUGGAGCAUCGGUCACGAACACUUUCGGGCCCCUCAUCAUCAAAGGUUUUGGCUACGACAAGUUCAUUACAAGUCUCAUGAACAUCCCAUUCGGCGUUUUGCAAUUCACCAUCAUCCUUCUCGCCUCCUGGGCUGCACAGCGUUUCCGCAUCAAGUCCAUCAUCCUGGCUUGUCUUUGCCUACCCGUGAUUGCCGGUCUCGCAAUGCUGUACACCAUCUCACACACGGAUGCUCAUAAAGGAUCCCUGCUGGCUGGCUAUUACUUACUGGCCUUCCUCUUCGGCGGAAACCCGCUCAUCGUCUCAUGGAUCGUCGGAAACACCGCUGGCGCAACCAAGAAGUCAGCAGUCAUGUCCGUAUUCAACGCAGCCUCAUCCUCCGGCAACAUCAUCGGCCCACUCCUCUUCAACUCCCGCGACGCACCAACCUAUCACCCCGGCCUCCGCGCGGUCCUAGGCAUUUUCGUCGCCCUCGCAGCAUGUGUGAUUCUCCAAGCCUUCAACCUCAUGGUUCUGAACAAGCUCCAGGAACGUAAGAGAGUCAAGAACGGCAAGCCCGCAAAAAUUAAGGAUGUCAGUAUGGAAAGCAAGUAUCACGAUAUCGAGGGAGAAAUUGAUAUUACGUCGGGCGUUGCGGAGGGUCGUGUGGAAGCUGGGGUGCAGCAGCAUGCGAGGAUUGGGGAUCAGGCCUUUUUGGAUUUGACGGAUAGGAAGAAUGAUGAGUUUGUGUAUAUUUAUUGA